CUCAUGCAUCCUCCGAAUCCUCGUGAAAGAAGGUCGCAUUCGAAGUGUCCUACUCGCUUUUCUGAAACGAGACAGCCUCGAUGACGUAUGCAUCCGACAAAUGAGACCUCCAGAGGACGCAUCCUUCCAAACGAGACACAGCCUAUGUCUGCACAGAUUCUCUCCUGCUCUAGAGGAAUGCGGAUUCUAUUACUUUGGUCUGGUAUUCUGCGCGGGUGCCUCUGUACGCUGGCUGAGCGCUGUCACGUAUUGUAUUGUAUUGUAGUUGUUUGCCAUUCUGACCAGAAUUAAACCGCAAACUUUACACUUUUCACUGUAUAACCACAGAAAUGGCUGAUUCACAAGACGACAAGCUCUACAAAGCCGAGUAUGCAAAAAGUGGACGCGCCUCUUGCAAGAAAUGCAAAGAAAACAUUGCUAAGGACUCGCUGAGAAUGGCCAUCAUGGUACAGUCUCCAAUGUUUGAUGGAAAAGUGCCUCAUUGGCACCAUUUUUCCUGCUUUUGGCUCCGGGCUGCAGUACAGUCAACUGCCUACAUAUCUGGAUUUACUGACCUCCGCUGGGAUGACCAGGAGAAAGUCAAGAAGGCCAUUGAGACUGGCGGUGCCACCGGAGGGAAAGGAGAGCAGAAGGAAGCAGCUAAAGGUGAGAAGACACUGAAUGACUUUGCAGUGGAGUACGCCAAAUCAAACAGAAGCACCUGCAAGGGGUGUGAUCAGAAAAUCAAAAAGGGUGAGACCAAAGUGUCAAAGAAGACAGUAGAUCCCGAGAAGCCUCAGCUAGGUCUGAUAGAUCGCUGGUACCAUAUGGGCUGCUUUGUGAGCCGCCGUGACAAACUGGUGUUUAAGCCAGAGUACAGUGCUGCCCAGCUUAAAGGUUUUGCUGCUUUACGAGAAGAAGACAAGGAGAAGCUGAAGAAGAGACUCCCUACAGUGAAGAAUGAAGGGAAAAGAAAGGCAGAUGAUGUAGACGGUGAAGCAGCCUCUAAGAAACAGAAGAAAGAAGAUGACCAACUCGAGAUAAAACUUAAGGAACAAAGUCAGCUGAUCUGGGGAAUUAAGGACAAACUGAAGAAAUAUUGCUCUGUCAAUGACAUGAAGGAACUGCUUAUUGCUAACAACCAGGAAGUGCCCUCUGGGGAGUCAAAUAUUGUAGACUGUCUGUCAGAUUGCAUGGCCUUUGGGUCCCUGAAGCCUUGUGAGACAUGCAAAGGGCAGCUUGUGUUUAAGAGUUCUGCGUACUACUGCACUGGAGACAUCUCCACAUGGACCAAGUGUGUAUUCAAGACCCAGACUCCUGAUCGCAAGGACUGGGUCACUCCUAAGGAGUUCAGUGAGAUUCCAUUUCUGAAGAUGUUUAAGUUUAAACGGGAGGACCGUGUCUUCCCCAAAGAGACCCCCUCUGCAGCCCCCGUCCCCUCAUCUGCUGCUACUGCGACCUCAGCCGCCCCCAGCAUGCGUACCGCCACCAGUAAUAACCUCGCUGAGGGGCCUGUAGAUAAGCCUCUGACGAGACUUAAGCUUUUGGCUGUGGGGAAACUCCGUAAGAACAAAGAUGAGCUGAAAGCUGCCGUGGAAGAGCUGGGUGGAAAAAUCACAGGCACUGCCAAUAAAGCUGCUCUCUGCCUCAGCAGCAAGAAGGAGAUUGAGAAAAUGAGUAAGAAAAUGGAGGAGGUGAGGGAUGCAGGUGUGCGUGUGGUGGCAGAUGACUUCCUCACUGACAUCAAGGAGUCCAGCAAGGCCUUUCAGGAGCUCAUCUCCCUGCAUGCAAUCUCUCCCUGGGGCGCUGAGGUUAAAGUCUAGUCCCAAGCUGCAGCUGCGGCCUCCAAGUCCAGUGGAGCUCAUUCCUCAAAGAGCACAGGCAGAGUCAAAGAGGAAGAAGCUCAUAUUUCUCAUAUUGACCUGCUGAAGAUGCCUUUGGGAAAACUCAGUAAACGACAGAUCCAGAGUGCCUAUUCCCUCCUGAGUGAGGUCCAGCAGGCUGUGGCAGAUAACGCUUCACAACCACUGAUCUUAGACUUGUCCAAUCGUUUCUACACACUGAUACCCCAUGACUUCGUGAAGAAACCACCACUGUUGAGUAACCUGGACUACGUACAGCAAAAAGUGCAAAUGCUGGACAACCUGUUGGACAUUGAGGUGGCCUACAGCCUGCUACGGGGCGGAGUAGAGGACAAUAAGAAAGAUCCUAUUGACAUCAACUAUGAGAAACUCAAAACCAAAAUUGAGGUGGUGGACAAAUCGUCAGACGAGGCUCAGCUUAUCGUACAAUAUGUGAAGAACACACACGCUGCCACUCACAACACCUACACACUCGAUGUUGAGGAGAUCUUUAAAAUCGACAGGGAGGGCGAGUAUCAGCAUUACUGCCCUUUCAAAGAAUUACCAAAUCGACAGCUGUUGUGGCACGGCUCCCGCACCACCAACUACGCAGGUAUCCUGUCUCAAGGUCUUCGUAUCGCUCCUCCCGAGGCUCCUGUGAUAAGUUACAUGUUUGGCAAAGGCGUUUACUUUGCUGACAUGGUGUCAAAGGGCGCCAGCUACUGUCACACUUCCCAGGCUGAUCCAGUUGGUCUCAUUCUGUUAGGAGAGGUUGCCCUUGGAAAUAUGCAUGAACUGAAGAAGGCCUCACAUAUUACAAAGUUACCAAAGGGUAAACACAGUGUUAAAGGUUUGGGAAGAACUGCUCCAGACCCAAGAGCCGCUGUUUCUGUGAAUGGAGUGGACAUUACUUUGGGCAAAUGCAUCAAUACAAAUAUUGAUGACACAAGUCUGCUAUAUAACGAGUAUAUUGUGUAUGAUGUUGCUCAGGUUAACCUGAAAUACCUGCUGAAGAUUCGCUUCAACUACCAAACCUCUCUCUGGUGAGAUAACAGUUCAUCUCUCUCCGUUUGGACAGGCUUCAGAAUGCCACUGGAGCCCACUGCUACAGAUUUAGCAUCACAAGCAAGCAGCCGAUGGGUUGACAAAUUAUCAAAUCAGUUCUCUAGCGCUUUGGCAGCAAUAGUCCCAGCUGCCCUAGUCUGUUAGUUUGGAGUAAGUUAAGAUGCUUUCUCAAAAUCUUCAUUUGCAAUCACAAAUUGUAACAUUCUCAUUUCCCUUUUCAAGGUGUAAUGUUGCAGGGUUUGUUUUUUGUUUUUUUUUAGACAUAUUGCCAGAAAUUAUUUAUAUCUGUGGAGAGCUUUCUUGUUAGCUACCAACAAUAUAAGGUAGAAAAUCUUCCAUUUCUUUUAUAGACUUUUUCUAUAACAUCAGGUUGAUUGUAACUGCUAUGUCUGACAUACCUAGCAUACAACGUUUUGUUUGUCUUCUCAAUAUUGAAAAGAGAAAAUGUACAGUUUUUUGUUGUAAGCCAGAAAAUAGCCUGUCAUAAGUAACCUUUUACUAGAAAUGCCAAUGUUUUGGCAAAGACAAAUAUUUUGUAUGUUAUAUGUAUUGUCCCAGUUUGUUUUUCGUUUAUCUGUCCAUCUCUUUACUAAGACUAGAAAAAAAAUACUUAAAUAAAAAGCUAAGUGCAAUGGCUGCUGCUGUACUUUUGCACCUGUGAAUUUGUUAUUUUUGUUUGGUAAGAAUUGCUCAACAAAUGUUCCAUAGACAAGAAGCUAAGUGCAUCCUGAUGAAAGUCUUCCAUCAUAAAUAGUAUUGGCAUAUUAUUGUAUGUAAAGCUAAUUUGUUUCAGACAAAUGGAAUAGAGAAUACAUCAAAUUAAUUUCUGGGGUUGAGAAGUCCAUUGAUAUUUAAAAUGUACCAAACUUUUUCAAAACAUUUUUAUUUUGAUGAAAACUUGCAUAAACCUUUAACAUCUGUUCUGACCAAACACUUAUGAAAAUAUAUACACUACUUUUUCUACUAUAUAUUUAUAUUAUAUAAUCUUCUAUUAAUGUGCAUUUGUGGACAGUCAACAGUCUAUUGUUUUUGAGAAAUGAAGGCUAUUCUAAUCCAUGCACUGCUGCAUUGAAAAUAAAGCAAUUGUUUCUAAUCAAGACAGAGAGAGAGAAGUGGACGGCCCAGGUGUACAACAAGAGAAUAAGUUCAUGAAGAACAGGCACAAGGCCUAAAGUGGCAGCUUCAAUGAACUGAACAUACUAAACACCUGUUUAAUCUACAACAGUGAAGAGAAGACUCUGGGAUGCUGACUUUUUAGGCAGAGUUUCAUUUAAAAAGCCACAUCUGAUAAUGGCACAUAAGACAAGGGUAGAGUGGGCAAAAUAACUUUACUUGUUGAAUGUUAAAUUAUUAAAAAUUAGUAUUCUGGAUGGAUUAAUCUAUG